CAGGAAAUCAGAAAGAAGGAGAAACAUUGAAAGUAACACCCAACAAAAAGCUUCCCUACGCCAACUUCUCUCCAACGGAAUUGAAUCGAUUCAACACAUUCUUGUUCCUCCACCACCCAACACCCCCCUCCUCCCAUUAGGGUUCCACCUUCUCCACCAUAAAAUCCAUUUCGAUUUCAAUUCAAUCAAGAUUCACACAGGUUUUCCCUCAAGGAACCAGAACCAAAACCAAAGCCGCCCAGCUUUCCGUUUCUCUCAUUUUUCCCAGAUUUGAACAACAAUCAAAAUCAAGAAUCUCUAAUUCGUAGAUUUGGUAUAAUUGCAAAAAUAAACAGAUAGCCGCCCUUGUUUUAAUUUGGGUGUUGUUGUUUUUCGCCAGUUGUACGAUUCUUGUUGAAGUUUUUCUAUUUGGGUGUUUCUAACAUACGUCACUUGUCAAGAUUUGGAGUAAAGGAUUUGAAUUUAAGAAAUUCAAGACUCUUUAUCGGUGAAAACUUAUCAUGAUGCCACUUCAUUAAUUAUGUUGAAAAUAAAUUAUUUGGGGGUUUGAUAUAUAGGGGAUUCCGUGCGAGAAAUGUGGGAUGUCAGAAGGAUUCAUGAAUCUCCUUUCGGUGUGUUGGAAGCCAUUCACUAACAGUGGCGAAACAGGCGCUGCUUCCGGUGUCAAUGGUAAUUAUAAUGGCGAUGGCGAUGACUUUGAAAAAGAUGGAUUGUUAUGGUAUCGAGAUAUCGGAAAAUACGGUGGCGGAGAUUACUCCAUGGCCGUCGUUCAGGCGAACCAGGUGCUUGAAGACCAAAGCCAGAUCGAGUCUGGUCCUUUCGGUACAUUUGUUGGCGUCUAUGAUGGUCAUGGCGGACCUGAUGUCGCCCGAUACGUUUGUGACAACUUGUUCAGGAAUUUUCAAGCAAGAUCUACCGAGGAUUAUGGUGUGGUGACUCCAGAUACCAUAAAGAACGCGUUUCUUGCAACUGAGAAUGGAUUCACUGCUGUAGUGUCCGAGUUAUUUAACACGCGUCCUAGCAUUGCAACCGUUGGAUCGUGUUGCUUAGUUGGAGUUAUAUAUCAGCAGACUCUUUUCAUAGCCAAUCUUGGAGAUUCACGUGUUGUUCUUGGUAAAAAAGUUGGUAACACUGGAGGAAUGGCAGCUAUUCAGUUGUCAUCAGAGCAUAAUGCGAAUCUUGAGGAAGUUAGACACGAGUUAAAGAAUUUACACCCACAUGAUCCACAGAUUGUUGCUUUGAAACAUGGAGUUUGGAGGGUCAAAGGCAUCAUUCAGGUUUCAAGGUCAAUUGGGGAUGUUUAUAUGAAACACACAGAGUACAAUAACGAUCAAAUUUUACCAAAGUUCAGACUUCCUGAAGCAACGGUUAUGCCAAUCAUGUCAGCUACUCCAUCAAUCCUUACUCACGACAUUCAACCAAGUGAUUCUUUUCUCAUAUUUGCUUCUGAUGGUUUAUGGGAACACUUGGGUAAUGAAGAAGCCGUGGAAAUCGUUCAUAAUAAUCCACGCGCUGGAAUAGCAAAGAGGCUGGUGAAAGCGGCUCUGCACGAAGCAGCAAAAAAGCGUGAAAUGCGAUAUUCUGAUCUCCGGAAAAUCGACAAGCGGGUGCGGCGUCACUUCCACGAUGACAUAACUGUAAUUGUGUUGUUUCUAAAUUAUGAUCAGAUAAGUAGGGCCUCCUCCUCCUCAACCAAUGCGCCUCAUGUCUCCCUUCGAAGUGCAUUGGAACACUAGUCAUGUGUCUUUUGAAUCAUAUAGAGUUUCAUUUUAAUCAACGAGAAAGAGAUGGAAUAUGGAUGUUGU